UGGGGGGAGGGGAGGGGAGGGACCACACGGAAAAGGUCCAUUUCUCAGAUAUGACGAUUCCUCAGAAGUCAGAAGACCCCUCGAACUCUUUUCAGAUUAUGAUUUUUAUCAGCUUUUAAUUGAUUUGAUUCACCGCCCCAAGUCCAACUCUGCGCUUCUCUCUCUCUUUUUAUUUCCAUAUCCUUUCAGUCUUCCAGGUUCAUCACAGGACGCCUGAAGUUGAGGAUCAAAAUCAGAGGAUUACAGAGGAUUAUUUUCCUGAAGUUGAAGGCUCUGACAGGCAACAAGGCAGGUUAGGUCAAGAAAGUAUUGAUUGAUCGAUAGACUGAAGAAGAAGAAGAAGGGCUGUUGAGGCUUAUGUUCUAGAUAUGGAGAAACAGUUCGUUUCCAACGCUUCCACUAACGCUGGAAAGAAAAACGAGUUCCUUAGUAUGAUCAAGAAUGCUGCUGGUCUUAAUUCCUCAUCAUCGGACACCGGCAAAGGGCGGAGCAAGUCGUCGAGUAACAGAGUCUCACAUGGAUUCCACCUGGUGGAAGGGAAAUCAGGUCACGACAUGGAGGACUACCAUGUUGCGGUGUACAAGAAUAUAAAGAAUCACGAGCUUGGAUUGUUCGCCAUCUUUGAUGGGCACCUUGGAGAUCGUGUGCCAAGCUAUCUCAAAGAUAACCUUUUCAAAAAUAUACUUGAGGAGCCAAAUUUUUGGAAAGACACUGAGAAAGCAAUAAAGAGUGCUUACUGUGCAACUGAUAAAUUCAUUCUGGAAAACGCAACACGGUUGGGUCCUGGUGGCUCGACAGCAGUUACUGCAAUUGUUAUUGAUGGUAAAGACUUUUGGGUAGCAAACAUUGGGGACUCCAGAGCUGUAUUGUGUGAAAGGGGCUCCGCAAAUCAGCUCACUGUGGAUCAUGAACCACACAAUGAACGAAUAAGGAUUGAGAAGCAGGGUGGUUUUGUGACUAUUCUUCCAGGAGAUGUGCCCAGGGUGAAUGGCCAACUUGCAGUUGCACGGGCAUUUGGGGAUCAAAGCCUUAAGGCCCAUUUGAGCUCAGAGCCUGACAUAAGACAUGUACCUAUUGAUUCAACUAUAGAGUUUGUUAUAUUGGCAAGCGAUGGCUUAUGGAAGGUAAUGAAAAACCAAGAGGCUGUUGAUUUGGUAAAAUCUGUUAAAGAUCCUCAAGCAGCAGCUAAGCGUUUGACCAUGGAGGCAUUGGCAAGGAAGAGUAGAGAUGAUAUAUCAUGCAUUGUGAUCCGUUUUGGGUCUUGAAAAGCACGCCUGUUGGUUGUUUUACGCACUGACUAAUUCCAUCGGUUGCAGAUAUGGAGAUCGUCAGUUCUAGGUGCUAGAAGUGGAUUCAUUCAUUUCUUCCUUCUUUCUGGUCAAUGUGGAAGCAAUUUAUUUAUAUUAUUGCAGAUUCGCUUUGCACCUUGACCAUCAUAUUGUAGUUCAUUCUAGAGCAAAUUUCAGUAUUGUGAUUGCUGUGAAAUGGACCAUCUAUAUAUGUCAGUAAGGGUAGAAAAGAGUCCCAACUUAAUCCAUGAGCCAUCCAUGGUUUGAUAGGUGGGUUGAUUAAAAGAAAAAGAGGAGAGAAGAGCUGUGCAGCUGAACCUGGUAGAGAAUAGAUCUCUGUUGUACGAUGGGGUGUAUAUAUACUUCUGUGUAUCUUUACAGAGUGAACAUGGGAACAUUUAUUUAUGUCAUAUGGUUUUAUAUA